CCGCCCGCCAGGCGGGGAGGGCGCUCCCUCAGCGCGGGCAUAAACACGGCCCCCCACCGCCAGGUGCUCGACUCGGACACCGGCCUUGCGGGGCGGGGGAGCAGCUAGAGCGCAGGCGCAGUGUCCGCGCCGCCGGCGCCCCUGCCCUGCCCCGCCCCGCCCGGCAGCCUCGGGGGCCCCGGCCGCGGUUCUCUCAGCAGCUGGACUCGGCGCGCGGCCCCGGGCAGCCCCGGCCGGAGCACCGGGCGCUCCUUCCUCGCGGUGACACGCAGCUGCCCAGUUUUCCCAGCAUCAGUUAUUGAAGAGGAUGUCUUUUCCCUGUGUAGAAUUGAUUAUCUGAAGAAAUGGAUACUUCUUCCUCCAAGAAAUAUCCAGUUAAAAAACGGGUGAAAAUACAUCCCAACACAGUGAUGGUGAAAUACACUUCUCAUUAUCCCCAGCCUGGGGAUGAUGGAUAUGAAGAAAUUAAUGAAGACUACAGAAAUUUUAUGGAAGAAAAUCCAAAAAAAGGCCUGCUGAGUGAAAUAAAAAGAAAAGGAAGAGCUUUCUUUGGAACGACUGAUACCCGACCUCCACCAAAAGAAGACCCAAUGACCAAUGAGACUGGACAAUUCCAGAGCUUUGCAGAAAAAAAUAUUUUUCAGUCCAGAAAAAUGUGGAUAGUGCUGUUUGGAUCUGCUUUGGCUCAUGGAUGUGUAGCUCUUAUCACUAGGCUUGUUUCUGAUCGUUCUAAAGUUCCAUCUCUAGAACUGAUUUUUAUCCGUUCUGUCUUGCAGGUCUUAUCUGUGUUAGUGGUGUGUUACUACCAGGAGGCCCCCUUUGGACCUAGUGGAUAUAGAUUACGACUCUUCUUUUAUGGUGUGUGCAAUGUCAUCUCUAUCACCUGUGCUUACACAUCAUUUUCAAUAGUUCCUCCCAGCAAUGGGACCACUAUGUGGAGAGCCACAACCACGGUCUUCAGUGCCAUUUUGGCCUUUUUACUUGUAGAUGAGAAAAUGGCUUAUGUUGAUAUGGCUACAGUUGUUUGCAGUAUCUUAGGUGUUUGUCUCAUCAUGAUCCCCAACAUUGCUGAUGAAGACAAUUCUUUGUUAAAUGCCUGGAAAGAAGCCUUUGGGUACACUAUGACUGUCAUGGCUGGACUGACCACCGCUCUUUCCAUGAUAGUAUACAGAUCCAUUAAGGAGAAGAUCAGCAUGUGGACUGCAUUGUUUACCUUUGGUUGGACUGGGACAGUCUGGGGGGUAUCUACUAUGUUUGUUCUUCAAGAACCUAUCAUCCCAUUAGAUGGAGAAACCUGGAGUUAUCUCAUUGCUAUAUGUGUCUGUUCUACUGCAGCAUUCUUAGGAGUUUAUUAUGCCUUGGACAAAUUCCAUCCAGCUUUGGUCAGCACAGUACAACAUCUGGAGAUUGUGGUAGCCAUGGUCCUGCAGCUUCUAGUGUUACAUAUAUUUCCUAGUGUUUAUGAUGUUUUUGGAGGGGCCAUCAUUAUGAUUAGUGUUUUUGUCCUUGCUGGCUAUAAACUUUACUGGAGGAAUUCAAGAAGGCAGGAUUAUCAGGAAAUAGUAGACUCUCCCAUUAAAUGAAUACCUGGUUAUUAUCUUGUUAUCAUUCAGUUAUUAACAGGUACACUGCCAUUUUAAUGUUCACCUAUAAAUGUCUUUUGUGUAUAACUGACAGAGUGCUAUGUAUUAAAUAAGUAAUUUAUGAAGAUGUAGAAAAAUUUAUUCUAAUACAUAAAGAAAUACUAAAUAUGUGAAACAUUGUGAAUCUGGUGUCUUUACUGUUACUAACAAAAGGUAAUUGUGGUAGAAGGAGAAUGCUAAUUUUUAUCACUUAAGAACAUAAGACUUGAAGAAAUGACCUCUUUCAGAUUGACCUUCUUGGUCCUAAGUUUCAAAAAUUAGAAAAUGUUCAUGCCAAUAUUCUACAAAUGUUCAACAAAAAUUCUUCAAUAUUUAACAUCUUCAUUGUGAAAAGCACACUGUAACGCUGAAAUGCUGAGUACCAAGCCCUGCUUUCAUGUACUUGCAAUAGGAAACUAGAGGUGAUUGGGCUGGGUGAAGGAGAUUGAGUUGAGUCAAAAAAGAGGGAACAAAGGAAAGGAGCUGGUUUUUCACUGACAAUGGUGGGGUCCUACCUUAUAUCAGGUAUGGAAGACCAGAGGUGUGGUGGUGGGAGACCUAAUGUUGAAGCAGGGUCCACUUAUCUUCAGUGGUACAGAUCUCUUCCAAAACUGCCCUUGUUUAUGACUUUGUAGCAGGUACAUGUGUGAGCAGCAGGAAAUGUACUCCUUACCCUGAGAAAGACUCUAACAGUAACAUAGUAGCAGAAAAUCAAUACAACAUGGUGUCCAGAGGGUCUUUUCAAAAUGGCCUGUAAGUCUGUAAAAGCAUAUAAGGUUGCAUUAAUUGGGGUCUAAUUUGAGCAAUUCUUGCUAAUUUAGAACAUACAAAUGUUGACAUGGUACUGGUUAUUAAGCUAUUGCUACUCUUGAGCUCUGUUAGUUCCAAAUUCAUACUUCCAUACUUUCCUCUUUCUGUUAUGACUUAGACCCUGCAAACUACAUUUUUCCUAUCCCGACUGAACUCUCACUUGGUUCCACUAAUAAAGGGCAUUAGAGGGAGACUAGAAGGCAGAAAAGGGGAGAAAGGACUUCCAACUUCCCGUUUGCUUGUGGUUUUUGCCACUGUUGCACCAACAACAAGUAAUAGCCUUUUGCUCUACAGCAUCAGCUGAUCUCAGCCUUGAGCUUCUUUUGGCACUCCUCCAGUCCCCAGCCAGCUUCUUCAUAUCCCUCUCAGCAGUAGCAAGACCAACUAGACAGC